CGCAGUUGUUGCCACUUGAGGAAAAAUUUUUCGCGAAUUUAGGACGUUAUAAAAAUUGUCACUUAAUGCCCAUAUUUAUUUGGACACCCUGUACAAGUUAUGCUAAUGUAUCUCCCGCUUGCCAAAAAAACUAGGUCUUUGAGUAACAAGGAUAGCAAGGAGCGUGAGAACCAGCAGCAUAAAACAGGAUCCGGAGCUAGAACUCCCAGACCUAGGACUGCUCCUCCUAAACCACCAAAAAAGAUGUUGAGCCGACCUGAAUCAGCGCAGUCUACUCCAACCCCUAGACUGGAUAAGGAUCUGGGUACAGCAGGACGGUUGAGUGUAUCUCCAGGGAGAACUGGAGCCAGGGACGGAAACUCAAGAUUAGGACUUGAUCCCAGUAAAUCUGCAGUACGCCAAAGACCAACUACUUUAAACACUACUAGCAAACCCAAGAUUAGCUCCAAGAUCAAAGAAGACAAGAAGACGAAGGACACCAAGAACAAGAUUACUAAACAAGAGGAAAAACCGGUUAAACAGGACAAGCCAGUAGAUAAGAAAUUAGAGAAUCUUAAAAGUGAUGUCAGCAAACGAUCAAUAUCUAAACCUACAAGCAAAGGAGCAAGCAGGGAUACUUCCAGACCACCAUCCGCCAUAGGUAUAUAAUCCUCCGCCAGAGAUUUAUAAUCCUCCGCCAUGUUUAUUAUAUUCUCCGCUAUAUGUAUAAAAUUCUCCGCAAUAUGUGUAGAAUUUUAGGUACGUUAACUGUCCACCCUAGGUGUAUAAUCCUUCCCCAUAUUUAAAAAAUAUAAUCCUCCACCAUAGAUACAUAGUCCUUCGCAAUAGAUAUAAAACCAACCCCCAUAUAUAUAUAAUCCUCCGCCAAAUGUAUACAAUCCUCCGACAAAUGUAUACAAUCCUCCGACAAAUGUAUAUAAUCCUCCAUCAUAGGUUUAAAAUCCUCUGCAAUAUUUGUAAAAAUCCUCCGCUGUAAGUAUCAAGUCCUCCGCCAUAAGAAUAUAACCCUCCGACAUAAGUAUACAAUCCUCUACUAUAGAUACAUAAUCCUACGCCAUUGGAAUAAAAUCCUACGCCAAAUAUAUAUAGUCGUCUACCAUACAUAUAUAUUAUAAUCUACCGUCGUAGUUAUGCACUCCUCCGCCAUAGAUAUCC